CCCGGAAGUGGCGGCCGAAUGUUGUCGUUCUAAACAGGAUGCCUGGAGGAAACCUGGAGGAGGUGGAGGGCAGGACGGAGGAGGAGAAGGAGGAGGAGAAGGAGAACCGGACGCUGCAGGUGCUGCAGGUUCCUGCCGGCGUGGACGAGGAGCUGCUGAGUCUCUACUUUGAGAACCGUCGGCGUUCAGGAGGAGGACCGUUGGAGUCUCUGAGGACGGAGGACGGAUGCACCGCGCUGCUGUUUGAGGAUGCUGAAGCGGCCUCCAGAGUUCUCUCCAGACGUCACAUCCUCCACGGCUCGGAGCUGACGGUCAGACGACCGCCCAGCAAGGACCGGCGGCGGCUGCUGCUGCGGGGAAUCAAACCCUCCACCAGCCUGGAGAUGGUGGAGCUGUACGUGGAGAACGUGGUGGUGGACGGGGAGGACUACACGCUGCACCGCCCGGCAGGAAGUGAUGUCGUCCUGGUGCAGCUCCGCCAGCCGCUCUCGCAAGAUUUCCAGUCUCUCAGCUCCAGGAUCUCCCGGAGACCCCUGGACGGGGUCCAGGUCCGUCUGGAGCGUCUGGACCGGCCCAGUUCCGUCCUGGUACGGAACCUUACCCCCAGAACGUCGUACGACCUGCUAGCGCUGUACUUUGAGAGCGAGCGAGGGGGCGGAAACGUGGUGACGGAGGUGACGGAGGUGACGGAGGUGACGGAGGUGACGGGGGUGACGGAGGUGACGGGGGUGACGGGGGUGACGGAGGUGACGGAGGUGACGGGGGUGACGGAGCUCACGCAGGGAGCAGCCAAGGUGACCUUCGCCAGCGCUGACGCCGUGGACGCCGUCCUGGACCGCCAGCACCGGCUGAGCGGCGCCGACCUGGAGGUGACGGCCUACUUCCCCUUCCUGCUCCCCCCAGAGACAGAGACGACCCCCCCAGAAACGUCCCCGGACCCCCCAGAGACAGAGACGUCCCCGGACUCUGAGACCCAGGAGGUUCCGGCAGAAACCUUGGACCCUCAGACCGAGCCGGGGCCUCCCUCAGCCCCAGACGCAGGCCCGGCGGGCCUGCAGGCGGGGCCUCCCUCAGCCCCAGACGCAGGCCCGGCGGGGCUGCAGGCGGGUCCUCCCUCAGCCCCAGACACAGCCCCGGGCCCCCAGCCAGCCUCAGAUCCACUUCCUGGAGGGGACCAGAAACUCAACGUUCCAGGCGGUUCGGGGCCGGUCCUGGAGCCAGACCCCCCACAGACGUCCCCGGACCCCCCACAGACUCCAGAACCGCCACAGAUCCUGGUCCCCGUCCCAGACCCGGGCCCGCGGGCCCUGGUCCAGUCCGGAUCCUUCCAGAGCCUGGUGCUGGCGGGCCGGCCGGGCUGCAGCGUCCGGGCCAGCGAGGACGGCGUGUGCGUCACCGGGCCGGACAGACGGGAGGUGGAGCAGCUGGAACAGAAGGUCCUGGACCUGCUCGGUGCCGCCGUGGAGGCCCGGUUCCCCGUGGAGCUGGACCGGGCCCACUUCCUGCUGCGGGAGGACGUGAGGGCCCGGCUGCUGCAGGCCGUGGGGGGGGCCGGCCCGGACCCGGCUGUGUUCACCGUCUCCGACGGAGAGGUGGUGGUGACGGCUCUGACCCGGGACUCGGCCGACCGGGCCUGGGCGGUUCUGCAGGACCAGGUGAGCGGGUUCCAGGUCCUGGUGGACGGGGGGGAACCCUGCAUGCUGCACUGCAGGGAGUGGACCCGGUUCCACCAGGCGCUGCCCCUGACCCGGGUGGAGGUGGGGGACCGGGUGGAGGUCCAGGACCAGGUCCAGGUCCAGGUCCAGGUCCUGACCCUGAAGGGGCUGGAGCAGGACCGGCGGGCCUCCAUCCUGAAGUUCCUGGCCACGCCCCUGCAGCGGGAGACGGUGGUUGCCAUGGCGCCGGGCGUCCUCAAGUACCUGCAGAUCCACCAGCACCAGCUGCUGGCGGACAUGGACCAGGUGACCAUGGACCCCCUGGAGGGGGGCGGAGUCUCGGGGCUCAAGGUCCAGGGCCACGCCGUGGCGGUCCAGACGGCAGAGGAGUUCCUGCAGGACCUGGUCUCCGGCGUCUGCACCAAGACCAUCACGAUCCGGGCCCCGGGCGUGACCCGGUUCCUGCAGGAGGACGAGGACUGCAGGAACGUCCUGAAGGAGAUGGAGAAACGCUUCACCGUCUACAUCCACGCCAAGUGUGAGGCCUGGGAGCCGCUGGAGCAGCAGGACGUGUUCACCUUGGCCUGGCAGCUCAUGUCCCAGGAGAACUUCCAGAAGGUCCUCACGGACGGUUCUGCAGACUCAGCCCCGCUGGAUCAGAACAAAGGUCUCCUUCAGGAGGGCCAGAGACUUGUCUCAGCGGUGGAUUCGGACCAGAAACUGGUCUCUGAGGUCCAGAAUCCGGUCUCUGAGGUUCCCCUGGAGGACCUGGAUCACCUGGACCUGUACAGCGCCGAGGAGCCCGGCAGCCUGCAGGUCCUCCAGGAACCAGAGGCCCCGGCCGGAGCCUCCGGGCCCCCCCCGGGUCAGGCCGGAGCCUCCGGGCCCGCCCCGGGUCAGACCAACGGAGGUCUGGGUCUCCUGGACGAGGAGGAGGCCCAGCUCUCCCUGGCCAUCCAGUACUCCCUGGACAUGAACCCGCGGUCCCUGGAGGACGAGGAGCAGCAGCUGCAGAAGGCCCUGGAACUGUCCAAGAGCCUGGUCCAGGUCCAGCAGGCCCCCCGGGACCAGCAGGACCACCAGGGGAAGGAGGACGGACACCGGUCCGUCCAGGAGCAGGUCCGGGCCGCCGGCCUCCUCCAGCUGGAGGUGUUUGCCGGCUACAGCUCCGACCUGCUGCGCUCCGACAUCGCCUUCACCAAGAAGGUGAAGCAGCGGCAGGUGGAGGAGAAGCUGGAGCAGCGCGGCGUCCGACACAUGAGCCGCUACCACCACAAGGUUCUGGAGGCGAUCCGGAGGAAGCACGGCGUGGAGCUCGAGAUCCAGGGAACCAUCAUCGCCGUCUCCGGCUUCAAGGACUACGUUAGCGGAGCGGUUAGCGACGUGAAGCUGCUGCUGGAGAGAAUCUCUGGUGCCGUACCGGACCGGGAGGUGCUGAAGUCGGUGCAGUGGCUGCACCACGACCCCCCGUCCUCCGGGGGGGGCCCCGGGGCCACCGCUGGGGCCCCCGGGACUACCGCGGGGGUUCCCUACCCGCCCGAGGCCACGCUGCUGCUGGAGAAUGCCUGGAGGACCAAGCUGGCCAGGAUGGACGUCACCUUCGACCUCCAGCCUCACACCGUCAGCUUUGAGAAGAUGGAAGAACACAACAUCACCACGGGGAAGACGGUGAAGAUCUCCAGGAGGCUCCCGGAGCUGGGGGACGUCACGCAGGAUAUCCCAGAAGAAGAAUACUCUCUGCUGUCUCACCUGCCGGAGGCCACCAGGGUGGGGGAGGAGUCUGACGAGUUCCAGGAAGUCGUCAAGACUUUCUACGAGACGAUCAACGAGUAUCACAGCAAGAUCCGGAUCAUCCAGGUGGAGAAGCUGAUGAACCGUCUUCUCUACAACCAGUACAAGCUGAAAAAGGCCAGCGUUCUACAACAGUCGUCGCACCCGCAGGUGGAGAGGACGCUGUACCACGGGACGGGCCAGGACUCCGUCAGGGAGAUCUGUGUCCACGGGUUCAACCGCAGCUUCUGUGGUAAAAACGCCACCGUCUACGGCCGGGGCGUGUACUUUGCCGUGAACUCGGCCCUGUCGGUCCAGGAUCAAUACUCGCCCCCGAACGCGGACGGGUACAAGUUCGUGCUGGUGUCGAAGGUUCUGACGGGCGACUUCACGCGGGGCGACCACGGCAUGAAGACGGCGCCGCUGAAGGAGACGGGCGCCGUGCCGCUGCGCUACGACAGCGUGACCGAUGACAUCACCAAACCCUCCAUGUUCGUCAUCUUCAACGACACGCAGGCCUUUCCUGAAUACCUGAUCACCUGCCAGAGGGUGCACCGCUGAUCAAUGAUCACCUGAUCAGCUGCCAGAGGGUGCACCGCUGAUCAAUCAUCAAUAAUCAAUGAUCAAUGAUCACCUGAUCAAUCAUCAAUGAUCACCUGAUCACCUGAUCAGCGGGUUCACCGCUGCACUGCAAAAGCUCAAAAUCUUACCAGGAAUAUUUGUCUUAUUUCUAGUUAAAGGAGCAUGAGUCAGGAUUGAGGCAGGAUUUAUGAAAUAAAUGCGUAUAUGUUUUAAGUUUUCUAGUAAUAAUGUCAGAUGAAGCGUUCCAAACCAAAAAGAACGAGCCCUCUAGCGUAUCUUGCACGUUCUCCCCGUUCUCCCGUGCCGGCUUCACUGUUGGCUGCAGUACCCCCGACGGCCGUCGUGGUGAAGGGUGGCGCUAGACCAGGGGUCCCGCGGCUCUACAGCCGCAUGCGGCUCUUUAGCGCCGCCCUAGUGGCUCCUGGAGCUUUUUAGAAAAUGUUUGACCUUUUUUUUUUCUUUUUUUUCCCUCUUUAUUUUCUCUUUUUUUCCUCUUUUUUUCCUUUUUUCUUCUUUCUUCUUUUUUCUUCUUUUUUUUCUUUCUUCUUUUUUCUUCUUUUUUCCUUUCCUUUUUAAUCUCAACAUUUCGACUUUUUUCUCGAAAUUGUACUUCAACAUUAAUUUCGACAUUUUUACUUUUUUCUCAACAUUUUUACUUUUUUCUCGACAUUUCGCCUUUCACCAUUUGCCUUCAUUCUAAUUCUGAUACAAGACUUUUCAUUUUUUGUGGCUCCAGACAUAUUAGUUUUUUGUGUUUUUGGUCCAAUAUGGAUCUAAAACAUUUUGGGUAUCCGACCGCUGAUUUAGAGAGUCUCAUUUCUUAAGAGGAGCCUCAUGCUCCUUUUAAAUUGUCUAAUUUUUUCCAUCGGCCGCUCUAAGCGUCGUUUAAAGACAGAGUUUCUGAGCAUAAGUUUGCUUUUAGAAAAGCUAAUUACUUCUGCAGAGAGAAACCUUUUACAUUUACCAAUGAAAGCCCCUGUCUGUCUGUCCAUCCAGGUUUAAAUGAGGAUAUUGAUUUCAGUCCUUUUUUGUAACUGUUUCAUUACAGAUCGUGUUCUUUCUUCUCCUAUUUCCAGUAUUUAAUUGUUCAACAAUUGGUGGAGCCUUUUAUUGGUGAUUAUCUGUUAUUUCUCUUGUUUCCAUGUGUCCUCCACCUGCCCAGGUGAGUGUUCCACCUGAGGAAGCUGUGGCUGAAACGCGUGGCUGUAAUCUGUAACUGUAACUGUAAUCUGUAACUGUAAUCUGUAAUCUGUAGCUGGAACAUCUUCCACAUGAAAUAACCAUUUCAAAUAAAGACUUUUUAUAUUUGAAGAAGAGUGCCUUUGAUUUUUCUUCUUUUUAAAAAAUCUCAUUACACUUAAAACAAGAAUCAUCACCAGAAAAAUAAAAUAACUUAUUUGAAUUUUCACUUGAAAUAAGUAGAAAAAUCUUGUUCCACUGGCAGAUUUUUCUACUUAUUUUAAGUGAAAAUCUACUUGAAACAGGUGAAAAUUGUUGUUUUUUCCAGUGAUGAGUCUUGUUUUAAGUGUAAUGAGAUUUAUUUAAUAAAAUGAGACAUUUUAACUAGAAAUAAGACGAAUAUUCUUGUUAAGAUUUUGAGUUUUUGCAGUGCACCGCUGAUCAAUGAUCAAUAAUCACCUGAUCACCUGAUCAAUAAUCCCCUGAUCACCUGAUCAAUAAUCCCCUGAUCACCUGCCAGCGCUGACGAGGACGUGGACGUUUCUGGACUCAUUUUAUUGUUUCAAACCUUCAUGUUGAGCUACGAGCUCGUCCGUCUCAUUUCUGACGAAUGUGAUCAAUUAAAACCUUUUAAACAAAUAAAUUAAUGAAUGUGAUCAAUUAAAACCUUUUAAACAAACACAUGAACUGAAUGUGAUCAAUUAAAACCUUUUAAA